AAAAUCCUGUCGAUUAAAAUCUCUGUGUGUCGACACAAUCGUACCCAAACCACACACUUUCCUUUCAAGUUCCUUUCAAGUUCCUCUACACAUUUCGAUGAACGCCUUUCGAUAACGUAAAUAAAUUACUUCCAGAACAUACAUUCCUUCACUUCGGCGAUUGUUUGAAGAUUGAUUACGAGACAUCGAAGUGUUAGUGAGUUUUUAUUAUUCGUGAUACCUUAAUGGAAAAAUGUCGGAAGAAUUCGAAGUAUUUUACAAGUUGUUGAGACUUUCGGGUUUAACGGCAGUACCUUUUGAUGGUUCAAAGUCAUGUGAGAAAGUUAGAAACUGUUUAAUUUACUACUUCUUCCCUAUGGGUAUCCAGCUGACGCUAGUCAGUUCGGUUGUGCUGGCGUAUCUUAUUCGAGAAUCGCUUUUACUGGCUGACUUUAUGGCUACUGAAUACUAUUACAACUAUAUACUUGUGGAGUCCACGUUUGUUACAAAUAUUAUUCUCAGAUUCUGGUUGAUUUCUAAUCAAAACAUAAACCUACAAAUAUUGGAGCUGUGCAAAAGAUGGAUCACGAGCCAUUGCCAUGCGACAGUGCAUUCAAAGAAAAUGUUGGCUGCUUUCUUUGUAGCUGCAUUGGUUUAUUUUGCAAAUCUGCUUGUGUUAUUUUAUGAGUUGUGGUUCAAUGGUGUUAUAUCUGUAAAACUGUGCCUAUUUUGGACACUAUUCACAUAUUGCUACGUAACAACGGUUCUCAUCUUGUGCCUAUGGUGUGCUAUUGUAAUAGCAAUUUCGAAUGUUUUUAAAUCGAUUGCCAAACAGCUAGAAGACAUACUAUUGCAUGCUGAUGUUAUGUUCCCUGACACAGACAUUGUCCUCUUACAAGCAUUAGUGCAUACGAUAGGUGAGAUCAUCCAAGUAGUGUCGAAGGACGUGAGCAAAGUUCAUGGAAUAUCGUUGCUGCUAUGCAUGGUUGUGACAAUCAAUGAAUCGAUAUGGAAUUUCUUUCAAAUGAUGGCACCCAACUUGGCAUCUAACCAUCUGAUUGAGUUUUUAAUGUCAAUGUGGAUGUUGCCCAUUUUAAUAUUAUUGGCGAUUGGAUUACCGAAUAACAAUGUACAAGAAGAGGCAAAUAAAACCGCAAAGAUUCUGGCCAGAUAUUCGAGGAGUAAUACCGGUGCUGAUAAAAUGAUCGAUAAAUUCCUAUUGAAGAAUCUUCGCCACAAACCGAUCUUGACAGCUUAUGGAUUCUUUUCGUUGGACAAGAGUACGCUCUUUAAGCUAUUCACAACGGUUUUUACAUACAUGGUUGUGUUGGUACAGUUCAAAGAAUUGGAAAGCAGUACCAAGACUCUCCAUUAAAAGGGCAGUUAAUUGAAACGGUUACCAGUCAGUGUCAAUACAAAUGUAGUUUGUUUAAG